GGCACGGAGCGGGGCAUGGAGCGGGCGGCGGGGGCAGCGCUGGCCGCGGAGCUCACCAAGUCCCCGCGGCCGCUGAUGAAGAAGCAGGCGGUGAAGCGGCACCACCACAAGCACAACCUCAAGCACCGCUACGAGUUCCUGGAGACGCUGGGGAAGGGAACGUACGGGAAGGUGAAGAAAGCCCGGGAGCGCUCCGGAAAGCUGGUGGCAAUCAAGUCAAUCCGGAAAGACAAAAUCAAGGAUGAGCAGGACCUUGUCCAUAUCCGGAGAGAGAUUGAGAUCAUGUCCUCCCUCAACCACCCCCACAUCAUCGCUGUCCAUGAAGUGUUUGAGAACAGCAGCAAGAUCGUCAUAGUGAUGGAGUACGCCAGCAAGGGAGACCUCUAUGACUACAUCAGCGAGCGGCAGCGGCUCACGGAGCAUGAGGCGCGACACUUCUUCCGCCAGGUCGUGUCCGCUGUUUACUACUGCCACAAGAAUGGGAUUGUCCACAGGGACCUGAAGCUGGAGAACAUCCUUCUUGAUGCCAAUGGGAACAUCAAGAUUGCAGACUUCGGCCUGUCCAACGUUUACCAGCAGGACAAGCUCCUGCAGACGUACUGCGGCAGCCCCCUCUAUGCAUCCCCUGAGAUCAUCAACGGGAGGCCAUACAAGGGUCCGGAGGUGGACAGCUGGUCCCUGGGUGUCCUCCUCUACAUCCUGGUCCAUGGCACGAUGCCAUUCGAUGGCCACGACUACAAGACUCUGGUCAAGCAGAUCACGAGUGGGGACUACCGGGAGCCCACCAAGCUCUCAGAUGCCUGCGGGCUGAUCCGCUGGAUGCUGAUGGUGAACCCGGAGCGCCGCGCCACCAUCGAGGACAUCGCCACGCACUGGUGGGUGAACUGGGGCUACAAAGUGCCCCUUGGGGAGCAGGAGCUGCUGCGGGAGAGCGAUUCCCCGCUGGCCACGGUGGCAGAGUGGCUCCGCCGCUCCUCACGGCCCCUCCUGGAGAACAGCUCCAAGGUGCGAUGCUUCCUGAAGCAGCACAUGCCUGGCGCGGCCCUGGAGCGGCAGCGCUCCCUCAAGAAGUCCAAGAAGGAGAACGACGUCUCCCACGUGCUGCAGGAGGUGGCCCUGGCCCCAGAGAACCCCUCCAAGUCCAUCCUCAAGCGGCCCAAGGGCAUCCUGAAGAAGAGAAACUCCUGUGAGCAGAAGGUGCCCAGCCCCGGCCCCCCGGCAGCAGCACCCAUGGGAGAAGCAAGGGGUGAGGAUGAGGAGGCUGCUGCAGGUCUCACCCGCAUCCUGCCCUCGGGAAUGCUGCCUGGCAGCACGGCCACUGGAGCAGAGCCCACAGCUGUACCCAGGAAGGGAAUACUGAAGAAGCCCUCGACAAGGGAGUCGGGGUAUUACUCAUCCCUGGAGUGCUGCGAGUCUGGGGAUGUCCUGGAUGCAGCCAGCUUGGACCUUGAUGGGAACGUGUUUGCUGAUGCUCCCUCCCUGGAGCCAGGCCCCCAGGGCCUCCCUGCCCGCAGGAAAGGCAUCCUCAAGCACAACGGCAAGUUCUCCUCUGGCGGCACCGGGGAUCCCCCCGGGCAGGGCUUUGGGGGGUUCAACGAGGUGCCCCUGCCCCAGGCACCCCGCGCCCGCCCGUCCAGCGCCGUCAGCGAGGACAGCAUCCUGUCCACGGAGUCCUUCGAGCAGCUGGACCUGCCCGCCCGCAUCCCCGCCGGCAGCAGGGGCAUGCGGGGCUGCGUCUCUGCCGACAGCCUGCUCCACCUGGAGGAGGAGGCGGAGGAAGGGUGCAGGCUGCGCCGCUGGACCGUCACCCAGUGCCGGAGCCCGCUGGCUGGGAGCGGCAGCGUCACCGAGCUCUACAGCCGGGCCGUGCCCAUCGGCAUGAAGCUGAGCUGAGGGCACCUCCCUGCGCGGUGCUGUGCGUGCCUGGGGUGCGGAGCCGCGUCCCACACGUUCACCUUGCAGCCUGGUGCCCCGCGGGGCUGGGGGGGCAUUGGAGGGGGGAUGCUCCAGGACAUUAAAUGGACCAAAGCCCCGAGUGAUCCCCCUUGGAGGGGCUGCAGGGCCCGGAGGCUCCUCGCUCCAUCCUCCCCUCGCAAGCAGGUUCAUCUCAUGGUGGGGAGGGUGGCACCAGGGUGGGUGUUUUUGUCUUUGCACUGUAUUUUGGCUGCACAAGGUAACGAUGGGGUGGGUGAUAUACCUCAAACAAGCUGGACAUGUAGCAGGGCUCUGGGCUCUUGGGAUGUGCUGGCAAUGGGUCCAAACCGCCCCGACCCUGGCUCUUCCCUCUCCUGCACUGAGAAACACAACUGGAUCUGGCCGAAACCCCAGCCUGAGAACACUCUGAUGCCAGAGUGGGGGUUUUGGGGUGUUUUGUUGCUUUGUAAUGGUGAAAGGAGGAAAACAAAAGUGCCUUUGGGGAGGCACCACUUUAUUUAUUGCCUUUGCCCACCUUGGUGCAGGACUGCAGCAGCAUGGGAUGUGUCUGGAUCCAUCACAGCCUCCCACAGGUUCUCUAUGGAUGAUGGAGGUAUCCGUGCUGUUGUCUCAUGUGCCACACAUGGAAGUUCUGUUGCACUAUUGCCACAUAUCCGCUGGCCCGUUCCCUUCUCCAGGGUGUGGUUUUCCCUCCUCUCUGCAAAGUGGUCUUGAGAAAAACCAUUAAAUUCAAAGCAAAUGGUAGA